AUGUUUGCCGCAGCAACUAAGAACUUUGUGAAGCAGGUAGGGGACACUGGACGGCUGGUCCCUGUGCCCAGUCUAAGUGAAGCGGACCGCUAUCAACCUCUCAGCCUGGUGACAAGGAAGAGGAGACGACAUUUCUGGAAGAAGACCAAAUAUGCCUCGACCCCAUUCUCACUGAAAGACAUACUCGUGGGAGAGAAGGAGAUCACCGCAGGGGUGUCCUCUUAUCAGCUCCUUAACUAUGAAGACAAGUCUGAUGUUGCUCUAAAUGGGCGUUUGGGCAACCAUCUGAUCCACGAAGUGGGCGUCAAUGUGAGUGGUUCAGACUCAGUAGCGGUGAAAGCUUCAUUUGGAAUUGUGACCAAACACGAGGUGGAGGUUCCAACAUUACUGAGGGAACUCAACUCAAGGAAAGUUGACUUGGACCACUGCCUGAUCCGUCAAUCCAAAGAGAGUAGGCGGACAGUCCUGUGUGUUGUCAUGGAGAGCAUCCGCACUACUAGACAAUGUUCUCUUACUGUCCAUGCUGGAAUGCGAGGAACUACAAUGAGGUUCCAGAUAGAUGAUGGUCGAAAUCCUAAAGGUCGAGAUAAAUCCAUUGUUAUUCCAGCCCAUACAACCAUAGCAUUCAGUUUAUUUGAGCUUUAUGUUCGUCUGGAUGGACGUCUUGACAUUUGUGUAGCACCAGAGUCAGUGGGAGGGUUUGAGAGGGAGCAAAUACGUGAGCAGCUUGGGGGAUUCAUUGGCCGUUUUUCCGUGGGAAGACUCAGGAGAUUUCUGUCGGGAAUCAUCUAUGGGAAUCCUUUCAGAGCAGAUGACAGGACAUUUGAGGAGCUCACUCACUCUGACAUGUACAUGGAUGAUGUUGUGACAGACUACUAUGAGAAGGCCGCCAGCAUGACUGAUCUGUCAACUGCUUACCUGCGAGAUGAGAAGCACACACGCGUUAAUCUCCUCAACCAUAACAUUCCUAAAGGGCCCUGCGCCCUGUGUGGCAUGGGGCACCAAAGGCGUGAGACCGUCUAUGGCUGCCUGGAAUGCUCUUCAGGUGGAAACAAAUACGUUCGUCUUCAUGCUGUUCCAUGUUUUGACCUCUGGCACAAAACCCUAAGGUGA